GACGCACGUACAAUGAUUUAAACCAGUACCCUGUGUUUCCUUGGGUCUUGGUCAACUAUGACACUGAACAGCUAGAUCUCAGCAGUGCUAACUCCUACAGAGACUUGUCUAAGCCAAUCGGAGCGCUCAAUGAAACCAGGAAAGCUUACUUUGAGGAGCGUUUUGCAACCUGGGAGCAUGACCAGAUUCCACCCUUCCACUACGGCACACACUACUCCACUGCGGCCUUUACCUUGAACUGGCUUAUUCGUGUGGAACCCUUCACCACCAUGUUCCUGAACCUACAAGGUGGCAAGUUUGACCAUCCCAACCGAAUCUUUGCCUCCAUCAGCCAGGCCUGGAAGAACUGUCAGCGUGAUACUUCAGAUGUCAAGGAGCUGAUCCCAGAGUUCUUCUGCCUGCCCGAGAUGCUCACCAACAACAACAACUACAGCCUGGGCAAGCAGGAGGAUGGCAAGCUGGUCAGCCACGUGGAGCUGCCUCCAUGGGCCAAGACUCCUGAGGAGUUUGUGAGAAUUAACAAGAUGGCCCUGGAAUCUGAGUUUGUUUCCUGCCAGAUCCACAACUGGGUCGACCUGAUAUUUGGCUACAAACAAAGAGGCCCUGAAGCUGUGAGAGCAACAAAUGUUUUCUACUACCUGACCUACGAAGGCAGCGUCAACCUGGAGACCAUGACCGACCCAAUCCUCAAGGAGGCCAUAGAGAACCAGAUCCGCAGCUUUGGCCAGACCCCUACACAGCUGUUGACAGAACCUCACCCGCCAAGAAGUUCUGUGAUGCACUUGAGUCCCAUGAUGUUCUCCAAGUCGCAGGACGACGUGUGUAUGAUCAUGAAGUUCCUCUCCAACUCUCCAGUGACCCACGUGGCUGCCAACACUCACCCAGCGGUGCCGGUGCCAGCGGUGACCUCUAUCUCCUGCAAUCACAACUAUGCCAUCAAUAAGUGGAACAACAAUUACAUCCCUCAAGCCAACUCUGCCAGCUUUUCGUCUGAGAAAGCCGAUCCCACAGCUCAACCAAACCUGCCGCUGGCCAUGGAUCAGUUGCUAGUGUUGAACACUGGCUUACAGCGACGUACAUUGGGAGAUAACUUUGAUCAGCGAUUGCCUGUCAACCACCACAGCUUUGCAACAACUGCAGACAACCGCUUCCUGUUUGCUUGCGGCUUUUGGGACAAGAGCUUUAGAGUGUAUUACCUGGAUACAGCUCGCAUCAUCCAGGUAGUGUUUGGCCACUUCGAUGUGGUCACCUGUCUAGCCCGGUCCGAGUGCAAUAUCAGCCAGGACUGUUACCUGGUCACAGGAUCCAAGGAUUGCACGGUGAUGGUCUGGAUGUUCAGUGCCAAGUCUCAGGCCAUCCUUGGGGACAACAGCAAGAUGCCCACGCCUCGGGCAGUGCUGACCGGGCACCAGUCAGAGAUCACUUGUGUGGCCACCAUCGCCGAGCUGGGACUUGUGGUCAGUGGCUCCAAGGAUGGUCCCUGUUUGGUCCACUCACUGACCGGAGACCUGCUGCACUCACUGGAGCCUCCGUCCACCUGCCAGUCUCCUCGUCUGAUUGCAAUCUCACGAGAAGCUUUCAUCAUCCUGGCCUAUGAACAGGGCAACAUCUGCAUGUUCAGCAUCAACGGCAAGUUGUUGCACUUCAUCAAACACAAGGAUACUCUACAGAGUCUGAUUCUCAGUCGAGAUGGCCAGUACAUGAUCAUGGGAGGUAACGCUGGAGUGGUGGAAGUCUGGCGCACCCACGACUUCAGCCAUCUCUAUUCUUACCCCGUCUGUGAUAGCUGUAUACGUUCGCUGGCCCUGACACAUGAUCACAGGUUCCUGAUCGCUGGCCUGGCCACUGGCUGUCUGCUGGUGUUCAACAUCGACUUCAACAAGUGGCACCAUGAGUUUCAAGAACGCUACACAUGA